AAAUUUUAGGAUAACGUGACACAAAAAUUCUUUAUUAUUGUGAUGCCUCUACCACCUGCACUUUUAGCUCGACUUAAACGACGCGGAAUUAUACAAGAAGAUGCUGCUGAAGAAGUGAUCGCUGAGAAUUAUGAUGCGGAAACACCUGCUGGAGUACAAAGUAACACACGUCAAAAGACGGAAAAGAAUGCUUCAGGAGCUCGGGGAUGUCCGAAUAAGUGGAACCCAUAUCAUUAUUGCGUGCAGUUUUGUUAUGAUUAUUGGAAGGAUGGGACAAGUGAAAAUAGACUUGCACAAAAAUAUCUUGAUCAACGAACUAAAAUCCUGAAGAAAUAUCCGUUGCCGAAUGGUUGGAAAGAGGUUUACGAUCCUGGUUGCGCACGACAUUAUUACUGGUGUCCACGAACUGAUGAGGUAUCUUGGCUUCCUCCUAGACAUCCUUUGGCGGUUAUUGGGGAUGCCGCGCCGAAAGUUGCGAAAGAAUUAUUUGAAAAAGGCGAAAAUACUAAUGGUCUUGGCGAAGGUAGAAAGGAUAAUGAUGAAAAGAAGGAUGAUGAGAGAAGAGAAGUUUACAGAGAGGAUCGCGGAGGCACAAUCAAACGGUAUGAUGAUAACAGAUCGAAGAGAAAGAGACGAGGUUCCUUAUCAGAUUCUGAAGCUAACGAUCGUUUAUCGGCUUCUGAAAGUGAUGAAGAAAGCAGGCCUGAGUUGAACGAUAGGGAUAAACUGAAGCGUGCGAAACGAAAAGGAAUUGAUCCAAUGGACCCAGCUGCCUACGGUGACAACGUUCCUGUUGGUACUUGGAGUUCCGGUUUACAUGCCCACGACAAAACAGGUGCCGAUGUUACAGCUAGUGGUCCUCUAUUCCAGCAACGGCCUUAUCCUGCUCCUGGUGCAGUUUUACGAAAGCAGCAGAAAGAACGAGAGAAAUAGCCCUUGGACGAUGCUUUUUUAUACAAUUUUUUUACGUUUUUGUACAACAUUUUCUUGUUUUGAUGUGAAUGUAUAAAAGUUUUC